AAUGUUGUCAAUAAUUUCAAAGCAUCAUUCUCAGUUCUAUUCACUUUUACUUGCAAAUGACUGACAAAUUUCUUAAAGUAAUUUUAAUAAUUAAAUAGACUCUUUUUGGUUUAACAAAAUUGAUUAAAAUGCAUAUUGAUGAACCACAAAGAUUGCUUAUCAAUCGUCUCAUCCACGAGCGUUUGGCCCGCAAUCCAGGGACACUGGAUAAAUUUAUGAAAGUCGGUCCUUCUUGGUAUCGUGCCUUGUCUCUAUCUCAGAAAGAUGCAGCAAAUGACAUCAAUGACUGCCUGCGCGAUGAUAUGGAACAGCGGACUACAUACCGACUAGUCAGAACACUCGAUCGCCUAGGUGUCCAUCCUACGCCCACGAGAAAAAACAUACGAUUGCUAAUGCGGAUGAGUCGCGGCAAUGAUCUGGCAUUUCUUUGGUUUCUAAUGGAGCUGUGCCACAAAACAGAAGGACACGGACAUACCUAUGAUGUCAAUGAGCAGAUCAUUAUGUCAGCCAUCUUCUGGUUGGAUUUGAAUCCAACGCUAAGAGAAUUGGAUCGUAUUCUGCCUCUGCCACAUGACUCAGCAGCGAAUCGUGCCAAGGCCGAGGUGAUAGAAAAGCGUAAGCAAAGCAAAGAGAAACUAAACUUUCGUCUGAGUUUGAAUCAGCUUGAGAAGAAGUCCCCGUCAACGUUCCGACCUUUAGCACCUUAUUUUGAAAAGCCGGUUUCCCGCAGACAUUGGCAGGCACAUCGAAAACUUGUUGCUGACUAUCCCGAACAACCUGCUCUAAUAAAUCCAGUGCCCCAGGAGACAGCGCUUUCAAGUUUCUGGUCUCGUUGGUUUGGCGACCACAAUUUCAGCGAGGGUCAUCGCGUGGCCACAUCUGUGCUGUACGCUGAGAUUAACCACAUUUUCGAGUCAAUGAAAGCUGUCAAUAUUACCAGCAACAAGGUGGGAUCAAUGUGUGCUCAUCAUCAGCGUAUAAGUGAAAUGGAGAAAUCACUCGAGCUAGAAUUGGAGGUAAUGAAGCAGGAAAAGUUAAAAGAGCUCGUAAUGGGUAAAAACCGUGCCGAUCAGCGACAUCGUAAAAGAGUUAUAGAAGAACUGAAUCAAAUGACAGCGUGCUUUCAGGCUCAGUUUCAUGUGAUGGCUACAAAGGCACGAAAGGCAUCGACUAGGAAGCAUCUAAUCACGGGAACCAAACCAGACAUUAUUUCUAUGCCCGAAUUAUUUGGUGUUGAAAAUUGGUCAGAUGAUGAAAAUUGUCAUCCGACAAGAUCAAAAAUAAGUCACACAGAUGUCAUUUUCUCCGAUAAGAAGAAAAACGUAAAUGUUAAAUUGUUGAAAGGCGAUAAUCCCAUUAUACCAACAAGUCUAGACAUUAUGCCCGAACCAAUGGAAUGUAUAAACUGUAAUAUUUAUGAUCCAAAAAAUGGUUUACCAGAUGGCCCAGCCAAGAGGAGCCCACGUCCUAGCAGCGUAAGGCUGUUUCUGCAACUAUGCGGUGAGUUAAAGAGAGAAAAGGAUAGCUCUCAAACUCAGUUGCCUAGUCACAGCAAUAGCCAUAGGUUUUUUCAGCUAGGAUGUCUUGGCCCUGCUGAUUACAAAUUUAAUUAUCGGGAGCUUUUUAAAGAGUCCAAUUUAAGUCGACUGGACAGUGAACAGCUUCGUUUAAAGGCGGCUUUUGUUGAGGCCCUUGAUAAUGAUUGUCAGUAUCUAAAUGCAGUUCUAAAUUGUGAAGAAGACGGCUCCCUUGAUAAACUUGUGGCGCGAGCUGCCAAGCGAAUUUUUCAAAAAGAUACGGAAAUCUUUCAUCACGAAUACGAACGUCUGAUGAGACGUAAAGCGCAGAAAAAACUAACUACAGGCGAUCGCUUAGACUUUGGUCAGCAAUUCUAUGACUGCGCCGACAUAAAACUUAUGAAGCAUAUGCUGAGAAAAGGUCUGGAUAAAGUAGGCGAAAAUCGUCGAUAUGUGUUGCCCACCUUACCCGAUGUUGAAUCCGUGCCAUAUCUAGUCGAAUGGAUAUGCUAUCGAUAUGGCAAACGUUAUUCGAAAGCCGAACUCAAUCACAGUUUCGCUGAGGCCACUCUGUUCAUGGAGAGCCUGACCCUGUUGAUGAAGCGUCAUCUGGUAAAAGCGCCACGGGUCCAUUUUAAAGAUUAUAAUUUCAAUGAUAUGGACUCGCCCAAAUUCAAACGUUUGGCCAAGAAACUAAAACAACGUUAUAGAAAUAAUUUUGUAGAAUCUGUCAUGGAGGUGGGCCGAGUGUUUUACUCUGCCAUGCGACCGCAAUUAUGUGGCCAUCUGGCCCCGGAAUCGACAUUCUAUGCCUACAUGCCAGCCAAAUAUCAUGAUACGGGUUUUAGCAUUGCAAGACCAUAUAAGAUAAGAAAACCUCCUCUGAUCAAAAAGCCUAGAAUGAGUGUGUAAAUUGUUAUUUUAUAAAUUAUUAAUUAUUACU